ACCGGCGGGUCUAAUAAUACCCACAGCAAAACGCUUACCGGGAAUGCAAAAAUGAUCAUAUCGCACUUAACAAUAGUCGGUGACUUCAUGUUAGAUGUCGAACAGCCUGAUUCUCACUGGGACAGAGAGGCGAGGUAGUGGAAGGUCAUCACUCGGAUAUAUUUCACGACAGUUUUUUUUAGUUGUUGUUAAAUCCACCUGAAAGCUGACUUACGUUCAACUGAGCUGUGGCUAGCUGAACUUAGCUUACUAUUUAUUUCCCAUUCCACCUUAAAUGGUAUAGCAAUUGCAGGACAGUAUAGCUACUGCAAGGCAGAAUGUACACUUGCUAACUGCUGCGCCAUUUAAGGUGGAACGGGAAAGUAAUAUAAGCAUCUGGCGGAUAAAAAUCCCAGCAGUCUUAACAAAAUUCAAGUAUUGCAUAGCAGGUUCAUGAGGCUGAACUUGGCUUCUUAUUCGAAUUCCGUUCCACCUUAAAUGGCGCAGAAGUUACAUUCUGGCAUUUGAGGCGUUAUGAUAAACAGCUGCUUCAUUUUAAGGUGGAACGGGAAAAUUCGAACAGGCGGCUUACUUCAGCUUUGUAACUCCCUACGAUAAAAUGAAACAACACCAGAAUCCAGGUUUUUUGCUAUUCGAGAGUGGCACUGGACGUUGAACCUGUGUGUUAAUAGAGCGCCACCUCCUGGGGAAGAAUGAACCCAGCUGCACGAUCAGAGGGUGUUGACCCGGCAGCCCUGCAAGGGCAGCUUUUUGACCUGUGGAGCAGGAAGGAGCUGGAGGCGCUCAGACUGCAGGCUGUGUCUGGGUUCUCUCAGCUGCAGGACCCCUUAGUUGGGCUGCUGACCAUGCUGGAGAACUGCCCAGGCAUUCAGAAGGGCAAGUCCUCCACCCUGGGCCAGUUCAUCCUCAAUGAGUUUGUGCGCUGGAGGUGCAGCCACCCUCGGGUGAGUCUGAAGGGGCUGACGGAGGAGGAGAAACUGAGGCUGCAGCUCAGCGCACUGAGCCUCAUAACAGCCUCCCAGCCCGGCUACAUGGACCCCCUGUUGGACAUCUAUGAGCUGGGCAUCCUGGAGACCAGCCACCUGCUGGAGCAUGUGACCUACCUUCAGAACAUUGGCGGUUACAGAGAGGCAGCUUUAUUUAGCAUGAAAGUAGAACUUCAGAAAGAGCUUGACAUGGAGCAGAUAUGUGUACCUCUCAUUCUCCUGGACAAGCUGCCGCUAGCCGAGUCAUAUGUGCGUGAUCACCCUGAGCUGCAGAAGCAGCUGGUCAGGCUGCUGGACUCGUGGUGCAACCCAGACUUCAACCUGGAGGAACUGCGGAGGCAGUAUCCUGUCCUGUCCCUCUCCAAGCACCAGGCAGACCAGAUCCAGCCCAAGCUGGUUAGCAGACACGUCUUCCGACUCAUGGAGAAGUUCAACAUUGAUCCAAGCUUGUGUGUGAACUCGGUCCACAAGAGGAAGCAAGACUCACUGAAGUUUCUCAUGUAUAAGAGAUUCCGAGAGAAAAGCAUGACUGAGGAGAACUGGAGGGACCAUGUCCAGGUCACAGUGGAGGGCAAUGUAGAGCUCCAGGUUCUGUUGGUGGAUCUGCUGGUUCAUUAUUCUGAGCUACGGGUGGCUGCCCAGUGGGCCAAGCGCUACAAUGUACCUAGAGACAGACUCCCGACUGGGGUUUGGGACACCAUGCAGAGCCUCUCUGCCAAACAGUUAGAAGUGAAUGAAACGAGCUGUCCACUGGAGCCCUGGGUCACUUCUCAGUCUCACCAGCUGCAAUACUAUCAGCUGCCUUUGGCCAGAGAGAACAUCCACUUUCUGCAGACUUUAGACCAAUUACAGCUGUGCAGGGAGACUGUGUUAAAGCCAGGCUGUGUGGUGGGUGUGGAUAUGGAGUGGAGAGCGGGGUUUGGCACCGUGUCCACGCAGCAUGUUGCUCUGAUCCAGCUGGCGGUGGAAGGGCAGGUGUUUUUGUUGGACCUGUGUGCUCACAGCCUCAACCAUCACAGUCUGACUGUGCAAUUCAUCCGAAUGCUACUCACUGACAAGAACGUCCUCAAACUGGGUUAUGGGAUGUCUGGGGAUUUUAGGAGUCUGGUGGCCACAUGGCCUGAGCUAAAGGAGGAGCCUCUGGAGGUUAAAGGCAUGUUGGACCUGCUCCACGUCCAUCAACAGCUGCAGCGGUGCUGGCGUGGGGGCAGCAGUUCUCGGUCAGUGGAGGUGAUCGAGGGCUCGACAGAGAAAGGGUUGAGUCUGUUGGUGCAGCAAGUGCUGGGGAAACCGCUCGACAAAACGGAACAGUUGUCCAACUGGGAGCGGCGGCCGCUCCGCACUGGUCAGCUCCGCUAUGCAGCUGCUGAUGCGUACUGCCUGCUGGAUGUCUACCUCGCGCUGUCCAAGGACCCAAAGGCCUUCGGGCUACCGGAGGAUCUUCGCUCAAUCUCCACCAGCCAGCCAGCCAAGAGCAACCAGGAGAAGAAACUCAAAAACAAGAAACUCACAGGCCAAAAGGCUCGUCAGAGUUCGCAUGGCCCUGCAGGUGAUCUUCAGGAGUGCGUGAGAGGCAACGGUGAACGGCAGGCCACCGCUAUCGCACCACACGAGCUCCGGGUGGUGUGUGACAACAUGCUACAGGGCCUGGGGAGGUUCCUGCGCUGCCUGGGUGUGGACGUACUGAUGCUAGAGAACACUGAUGACCACAAAGUAGCAGCGGAGUUAGCGCGGGCAGAAAGUCGUAUAAUCCUCACCUCUGGACAGCCAUACCAAAGUCUGAGGUCGCAGGUCGCAGAGGGACGCUGUCUGACUCUUGACUGCUCGGAGAAAGCUCGGGACCAGGCUGUGCACGUGCUCAAGCAUUUUCACGUCCACCUCACUCCUUCUGACAUAUUCAGCCGAUGCCAGGGCUGUUCAGGGAAUGCUGACUGUCAGCCUGACUGUUUGCUUAAAGGAGAGGCAUGCAAUAAUAAUGAAUACUUGAAGGUGUCCAGAGAAGACAUGACAGAGAUGUUGAACAAACGAGGCCUACUUCAGGAUAACUCAGAUCUGCAUAACACUCAGGUGCCAGAAGGCUGGAGGUCCCCAGAGGCCCAAACGUUCAACCCUCACUGCCGCUGGGCCUCUCGUUCAGUCCUAGACCCUGAGACCUUCAGGUUUCGUGGAGGUGCCGAGAUCCAGCUGGAGACUGUGCCUCCAGGUCUGCUCCCACGGAUCCCAGAGUAUUUUAUAUGUACGGGCUGCGGGAAAGUGUUCUGGGAAGGGACGCAUUAUGAUCGGGUGCUGUCUCAGUUCGAGGAAGUGCUGCAUUUAUCGGACGGGGAAGUGUCCAGUCAACCAUGAGCUGAACCUGGAAAGACUGCCGUUACAGCGAUAAUUCAGUAGACCAAUUAGAAUAGUGCAAACUGCAUGUCUAAAAUAUCACAUAUUUGCUUUGAGGUUUGAAAUAACCUGAAAAUUACUUGCUUAUGUAGUUUGACACUGUACUACAUAUUGCUGUCUAUAAAAGUGCACAUAGCCUAGUUAUUGGUAGCAAUAGCAGCCUGUAUUUUUCCUCUCUUUUUUUGGCAAAAUGGUAAUUGGUGGGCUAUUAGCUUUAAUUAUUUGCUAGCUACAUUAAUCUCACAGCUCUAGUACAAAACUGAAGAAGCAAACUUCAGGCACUAAGCAUGUCUUGGUUGAUCAACUAUAUUUGCAUA